GCCGCGGCGCGGCGCCUUUGUCAUGAUGGCCAGCUACCCCGAGCCCGAGGACGCCGCAGGGGCCCUGCUGGCCCCGGACACGGGCCGCGCAGUCAAGGAGCCCGAGGCGCCGCCGCCAAGUCCGGGCAAGGGCGGCGGAGGGCCGGCCUCGGAGAAGCCCGACCCGGCGCAGAAGCCCCCGUACUCGUACGUGGCGCUCAUCGCCAUGGCGAUCCGCGAGAGCGCGGAGAAGAGGCUCACGCUCUCCGGCAUCUACCAGUACAUCAUCGCCAAGUUCCCGUUCUACGAGAAGAACAAGAAGGGCUGGCAGAACAGCAUCCGGCACAACCUCAGCCUCAACGAGUGCUUCAUCAAGGUGCCGCGCGAGGGCGGCGGCGAGCGCAAGGGCAACUACUGGACGCUGGACCCGGCCUGCGAGGACAUGUUCGAGAAGGGCAACUACCGGCGCCGCCGCCGCAUGAAGCGCCCCUUCCGCCCGCCGCCCGCGCACUUCCAGCCCGGCAAGGGGCUCU